AUGACUUCCGACCAUAGGAAGGUAUUUUAUAAGCUUCCCGGUAAGAAGAGGACUCGCUCCCCGGACCCCGUCGGAAGAGCCAUGGACCCGCUGGAGCCAGGAGGUAUAAAUCCCCCUUUCUUUUACAAAUCUACACGGGCGCAGUCUCUUUUUGACAAACUGAUAGAUUUGUAAUCGAUUAAAAAAAUGAAUCAAAAAAAGCGCUAAUCAACUCUUUUCCUACGACCUUUGGCCUGAGUCAGUGGAAAAUAAGUAUUACUGAACGUAGUAAGCCCUCCUAGCUCUACGGCAAAAGUUUACUUAGAAAGACUUUUUCUCAAAACGCAAAUUUCAGAACGAAGACGGAAGAAAAAUGGCAAAACCUUUUUUAAGGUAUCGCCACCGUCCACCAAAAUAGGUGAGUUACACCUUCACCUAGACCAAAAUAACAACUUUUUUUCAGGAGUAAAUGAACGAUCUAUAUCCUACCCAAGAGGAAACGACCCGAAGAGAAGCCUCAUUCCGCACACCUUCAGGACCCUGUCGCCCCGAUUUUUUUUUUGUAAUAAAUUUAAAUGAUUAAAGCCUUGUUAUAUUUUUUUCGAAAAAAAAAAUAUUUUUCCUCGGAGCACUAGGGUGGGAAAGGAGGACUUAGGAAAAUUAAGAGUGACCCUGGAACUCUUCUUAUGAAUUUUGGCUUCCUGCUUUGAGACUUUUUUUUUAUUACUGGGACACUAUUAUAUUGCUGAGAACUCAGCACUCGGAAAAAAAAAAGAAAACUGACAUAUGGAACGGUGCUUUUUUCACUGAUACUGGUUUCACGUUCGUCCAACUUGUCCAAACUCUUCUCGACGAUUUUCGGAAGUUCUUCGACUCAAUUAGAACUUCUUCUUCUUCUCUGUCGUAUUCAUCCGACUUCUUCUGGCCUUCGAUCAAUCUUAGCGUUUCUUCGGAAGACACUGUGUCACGUUGAACCUGAAAUUAUAAAGCUAUUCCAAACAUUUUCGACAAAAAAUAUAUCAAGUCACAAUAGUCGUCAUCUCAACCGUUAAAUCUUCCUCCAAAAGUUGAUCAUCAUGUUCAAUAGUCGCUUUUCAACCGGUCAAGAGCUUUAAGACUGAAAUUUCAAUAAAAUACAUAUUCAUUCUCGUCUUUAAUGACGUUUGGCAACUGAAAUAGGACUUUCAGAAUAUUAAUAUCGUAUUUUUAGAGCUUUUCGUCGCAAUACUGAAUUGAAACUGCUCAAAACUCUUUCUUAAACAAGGAAAUCUCAAUUCCUAGAUUGCCAGAGGCCGCAUACUUUUUAUUUUCAUAUCCUAGCAGUGGGAUAAUUUUCUCAUUCUUAUCUCUGUCUCAAAAAUGGGCUAAAAAGAAAGAAAGUAUUAUUAAGAACCUAAAUUUGGACUAAUUAGAAGCAAAAUAAAGAAAAGAAAUUGAUGACUUGACGCGUGAAAAAUAAACUUGAUUGAGUAGAGAGAGAUAAGAUCAGAGAAAUCAACGUGACGACUUCCGACCAUAGGAAGGUAUUUUAUAUCCUGCUCUCGAGGAAAGAGGUCAACUCUCGAGUGCGCCGGAAGACCCAUGGAGCCGCCGGAGCUAGAAGGUAUAAAUUCCCCUUUCCUUUUGCUCGGACCGUGGUAACGCGAACGGGACGGGAAUCGGACGUGUCGGGGUAUUUCUAGUGACCACUUUAGUGGCCGCAGCACUCUGAAGUGCCCUAAAAUCACUCAGAAACGUCCGGAGCACGUCCGUUUCGCGUUACCAAUGUCCGAGUUGGAGUCUACAAGGGCUCAGACCCUUCAUGAGAUUCUUCAUCAAAAUUUUCCUUCCAAAAGUAGUACUUUUUUCCCAGAGAAUUCAGAAGUGAUGUAAUUAUUUUCCUAAUUACAAAUGUCAACUGUUGAGAAAAGAUCCUUGAUAUACUCCUAUAAAGGCCCUUUCAGUUUAACUCUUUACAUUCAAAUUAAUUUUCGAAGCGCAGUUACCAAACCGAAAGCAAAUAAUAGUAUGUUCAAUCCUUGAAAUUUAUGGUUUUCGAAGCCGGACGUGGAGUAGACACUUAAGGAGUUGAGUUCGUACUAUUUAAUCAACUAAUUGAGUAAUUGGAAGUCUGUACAGCUCAUUUUUAGCUUCUUAAAAUAUGGAAAAAAUACUUCAAGCGAAGCUAUCGAAAAUAAACCAAACAAAUUGAUUAAAAUGUGACCUUUCUCUAUAAUGCCGUGUUCAAUUUGAUUCAGCGAAACGCAAAAUGAUCUCUGACUCUCCAAAAUUUAGUGAUCUUUUCCUUUCUCUAACGGGUAUUGCAUUUCGCGGAAUCAAAUUGAACACGGCAUAAGUUCUUGUUCAAUGUAUAUUAAUUAAUGGUUUACAGCGCGGUCCUACGAUCUGCCACGAAAGAGGCUUGAAAGCAGAGUCAAGCGAUUUUGCAAGUAAGCGAUUGAAAAAAAAUCACUUCAAAAAUCUAUAUUUUCAGGCAAUCAACAAAACUAAAACGAGUUCGCGCGGCGCCACACUUCUUCUUUUUAUAG